AUGACCAGCAGCAGCACCAACAAUAAUCAUGAACAAGCCUCAUCGCAUGAGGACUCUUCAAAGAAGAAGAAAGCAUCGUCUCCAAACAUGAAUAAGCGAGCAAAGAAGGUGAAAAAGCCAACAACUCCUAAACCAAGCACAACUACAGCAACGCCUACAAAUUCCGGAACGAUCACUUCUUCAAGCACAACAUCUUCAUCACCAUCCACUCCCGGAAAUAGCUCGAACAAGUCGGCAUCAUCAAAAUGCCAAGUAUGUGGCUCAUCCGCGGAAACAAGCAAAAAUUUCAUGCUCACUUGUAAGACGUGUGGACACAAAAUUCAUCUCAACUGUUACGAUAAUGAUCAUCUUUCGAAGAAAUUUGCAAAGGAUUGGGAGUGUGUGGAAUGUAAAAGUUGUGAAGUUUGUAAAAAGUCAACCUAUGAUGCAGAUAACCAAAUAUUAAUUUGUAACAGAUGUGAUCGUGGCUACCAUCAAAAUUGUUGUACAGGAAGAUUCCGAAAUAUUCCGACCGGAGACAAACCAUGGUUUUGUGAAGAGUGUUGGACAUAUUUAUCGGAAAAGAAAAAGAAGAAAAAGAGAAAAACAGACGAACCUGCUCAGCAGGAAGCCCCUCAACAAAAUGAGGAAGGAUCUCUGUUCGAGUUAAAACCUAUCGAAGAACAACAGCAAGUUUCUAAAUUGUCAACAACUCCUGAACCAACAGAUUCUGCUCUGCAAAAUGGAGGAGCUCCUCAUGCUCCUUUAACAACAGAAUUCAUUCCUGAAAUACCAGCAACAAAAAUCAUUCACCCAGAAAUUAUCAACACAACAACCAACGUGGUACCACUGGGUACUGCAGCUUUAGAACCUGUUGAAAACAAUGCCAAGAUUAAUGUUUUUGUGGUGUUUACAUUCGAAGACAAAUUAAUUUAUUCUUCACAAAUGAUGAUAGACAAUAUUUCACAUGGCGAUCAACGAUCCUCAAUAGCACUUAAUUAUUUCAAAAAUCUUAAACAUUAUCUGAUUCAACGUUUAAAAUUGAAACUUGAGGAUACUUUGGUUGAUGAAGACUGUGAUGAUGAGAUUAGGGCCGUAUUUCUGGUCCAAAAAUUUGGGAUCAGGCGGCUAGUGAUCAAAGAGCGUGAUCGAUUUGGCACUGAAAUCAGAAUUGAAAUUGACAGAUGGUAUUUUGAGGUCUAUAAAUUGAAAGAUGGAGAUACAAUUUUUGUUGAGCUGACCCUCAAACCAACCACACAAGGAUCUUUACCACCAUCUUCAAGCACACACGAUGACGGAAAUGGAUUCGCAACACGAGUUGUCGAAUAA